CAACUUCCUUCUUUAUCGACCAUGUCUCCCACCCUAAACGUCACCCAUAUCGGCACCGCAACCGCCAUUCUCGAAAUUAAUGGCAUCAACUUCCUUACAGACCCCUUCUUCUCUCCCGCCGGAACCUCCUUCAACCGGGGUCAUGUAGUCCUCAAAGUCUCCGACGACCCGGCCCUCCGCAUGGACCAACUCCCCACAAUCGACGCCGUGCUGCUUAGCCACGAGGACCACGAAGACAACCUCGACCCGCUUGGCCGCCAGCUCCUUGACGGCCGCCGCGUCUACACCACGCCUGACGGAGCCAAGAACCUCGCUCCUCGCCCAGCAGUCUACGGCAUGAAGCCCUGGACUGAACUCGAGCAUACCAUCGGCGGCAAGAAAUUCAAAAUCAUCGCCACGCCUACCAAGCAUGUCCCAGGGGAUGAAUGCACGGGCUUCAUUGUUACCGGUGAAGACUUCGGCACCGGCCGGGAGGGCCUCCCCAACGCGAUUUACUUCACUGGGGACACGGUGUACAUCGAAGAACUGAAUUCCAUUGCGGAUCGGUACCACGUGCGUGUGGCUGUGAUGAAUCUGGGGAAUGCGCAUGUUCCAACCACCAUGGAGCCUGAGAGUCCGCUUAUGCAAAUUACGAUGGGUGGGAAGGACGGGGCGAAGCUGUUCCGGGCUUUGAAGGCUGAUGUGCUUGUUCCAAUGCAUUAUGAGUCUUGGGGCCAUUUUACGCAGUUUGGGGAGGGGUUGAAGCAGGCGUUUGAGGAGGAGGGGAUUAGUGACAAGGACAGGUCAAUGAGUACUACUACUGCUCCUGCUGCUGCCACUGAAGUGGUGAGACCAGAGGGUGACACUUGA